AUGUACUUCAAACCAUUUUCCAUUCUCCUCCUAGGUGCAGCUGGUAUUACAACAGCUAUGCCGUCGCGGCACGCCACUUCUUUUGUUCCCCUGUCAGAUAUGUUCCUUGCGGUUCGAGCUCCUCAAGCACCAGAACCAAAGCAAGGCACCGCAACCAAAGUAGCUACUACUCCUGAGACUUCAGACCCUCAUGACAAGUUUGAUCCCGGCGUGGUCACCGGAGGAACAGUCCAAUGUCUGUCUGGAACAGCUCCCUCCAAGACAGACCAAUUAAAGGCAGAGCUGGCCAUUUGCGGUGGCAUCCGGGCCCCUAUCAAUAACUGCCCAGGAACGGAGCAGAAGUCGACUGGUACUGCGGGUCAAGCUUUGUGGACUUUGGAAGCCGCCGAGAAUGAGAAGAUCAACAUCUUCAAGGGCACAUGGGAGGAAUGCUGUAACGCUGGUCGAGCUACGUGCAAGGGGAAGGCUUUUUCUUUGCAAUGCGAGAAGGGUACAGACAAGGGCAACCCAGUUACCAUCACGCUGUCAACGACGUAA